GAUUCUCACCUGUGCAAGUUACAACAUAAAUGACAUAAUACUAUAUAAUCCACCAGAGUACAUCGAUUCCAGAUCUUUGGUUUAUCUGUUAACUAAGCGAGGAUAAAAUAAUGACGAGUAAACGUAAAGCGAAAGAGAUUGAUGGCCUCCGAACUCUCAUUGAGAUUGACGAUGACGGUGAAUACCUUCUGGUAGUCGACUUAGACCGCAACCAACUUCGUCAAGAGAUUCAGAAUUUUAACAGCUCGAGUGAGAUGAAUGCCUCGAGCUUUAAGCGACCUAUCGGUGUCAGUGGUAAAAGUUAUCAUUUCAUGCCGCCAGUCUUACCAUCACACUCUUUACUACCACAUUCCCUUCCAUCGCCAUCAAAUCCCACCUCGCGAUCAUCACCACCAACUGCCAUGCACUCACCUCCUGCGAAGAAGAAGAGACGACCAUAUGAUGUCUCGAGUGUCAAGCUCGAAGGAGAAUACAUAUAAUCAGGGCGUUCUUCCGAAACGUAUCAUCCAACGAAUCUGUGUUCUGUGGUGAAUUUACAAAAACAUUUCCGGAUGGCAGAGGAGUUCUUACAAAAACUCUUCAUAAUUUCGUGAAGCAGAAAAAUCCACA